UUCAGUCUAAUCUCUUUGAGGAUCAACAUCUGACCAGACUAAAGUUUCUUUUCUUUUCAUUUCAUUUCUUUACUUUAUUUUCACAUGAUUUUUCAAUCUGAAGACACAAAUGUCAUGGCACGAGGAUUUCACGCGAAACUUUUCCCGAUUCUUUUCCAGAAGUAAAGCUUCGCCGCUGGACAGAAACAAGAGUGAGGAGGAUGACGCAUCCACGGUCAACAGCAGCUCACACACACCUGCACAGGAGUUGCAGUUCUCUGACUUACUGGAUAGAAACAGUGAGUCACACGAGCAGGACGUCACGUGGGGGGGUGCAGGAGGGUCGGCGCUUGAACUCCCCCCCCUCUGUACUCCUGUCCCACACCUCGGCCCAACGGCGCCCCCUGCAGACGGCUUCUUCCGGCGACUGGGCAGCCUGUUCUUUUUCAGUCAGGCAGAAGCAGUCGAGGUCCAAACAGACAGACAGACGGACACAGACAGCAGUUGUCUGAUGACGAGAGACUCCCAAACCGACGCAGAGGCGCAGAAGACUGGAGGAAGUGUGGAAGUGUCUGUGUGUCAUUCAGAGGUUACACACACACAAAGUGAGGAACAAAGUGAAGAUCAUUGCAAUUCCCUAGACAUCAACUCCACCAUAACGCUCCAGGAGGAGAAAAGACGUCAUGAUCUAGCCUGUCCUCCCGUGGUGACAUAUGGUACGUACCGUGGACUGAGGGUGGUCAGGAAACAAAAGAAAUAUCGUUGCAUGGAUCUCCAUUCACCUGUUUCUGAGGGAGAGGAGAGUACACAUCCAGAGAGUCAUGAGCACACCCACAUCACUCUCACAUCAAAAACAGUGAACUAUGGUUGUCAGGAGAAUCCGACCUCUGUUGAUCCCCAUAUAUGUCACACAUCUGGGAUAGAAAGUGAUUUGACCGUAAGUGGCACAGACACAGAGACUAGAGAUGGGGAUCCGGCCAUCACACUCCCUCAUAUUGCUGAAAGAGACUAUGAUUUUCAAAUGAGCUGCGGACGACUACAGGGAGAGAUAGAAGAGAAACUGGCCACAGUGGAUUCUGGGAAGGAUGGGACACUCCUUCGAUUGGAGUCUGUAAAGAUGGUUGACAUCAUUCUGGGUAAUGCUUUUGUUGCUUUGGAAAGAAUGGAAGUACCUGACCCUGGGAGUGACAAUCUGGCAACUGGUGAACUUCCAGAAGAUUCAAAUCUGAUUGUGCUGGAAGGGGCAGCGGUUGGCAGUAAUGCGGAGCAGCAGUUUAGCGUGAUGCUGUCGGAUCAGACACCGUCUUUAGGUCUGGAGGAAGCCCAAGCAGCGAGCCGCAGCCACGUGGAGGGAUGCAGGUCCACGCCUUCCUCAGGGUACGAGUCCAUUGCCGGCUCUGACACUGACAUCAGAUUUUGUGUGGCCUCUGACAUCACCGCUAGCAAUGUUCCAAUCAGCUCUGAGCAGAAGGAGCAUGAUGCAAAUCAAACAUUACUUCAACAUUUUGCGGAAGAAAGAGAAAUGAACCGAAUCGCUGCCUGUAAGAGCGGAGCUGCUGAUGAGAUGUCAUCAGUGAACCUGCACAUUCUUUCAAAAACAAACAGCAGGUCAGAGCAGCCUCCGGGGAACGUCUCUGCACCUAAAACAGAACAAGAUGGAGGGAGAAACACAUCUCAGGAUACAGCCAAAGACUAUACAAUGAGCAAUAGACGCAGCCUGAAUAGUGACUCAUGUUAUGUUUGUACAAUCGAUACUGUUAUCUCAGUAAAUGGUGAGAGUCAAAGCAGGUCCGAACCCUUUAACCAUAGCCUUGCACCUGAUAAAGAGGAUUCUGAUAAGAAAGACACACCAAAGAUAUCAGAAAGUUUGGGGCUGUUCCCAUCUACACAAAGCCUUUAUUUAGGGGAACACGAAGCACCUCACUCGGGAAUCUCUGUAGACAAGUCUGUUAUCCUAUCAGCAGAUGAGCAUGUGUGGUCAGGAGGGCACGACUCCUCUCAGUGGACUUCUGUCAAAGCAUUUCGCUGUAAUAUCACGGAUGAUCAGAGCCCAGGGACACUCGAGGAGGAUUUGGAAUCGGAGCUCAGCUUGGACACUCCAGCAGAGGGUACAACAUCGGCUGCCUCUUCGGUCGGUAAAAAGAUUCAGUUUGACUCCCCAGGCCAUUCCGAGAACUGCUCUGCUUCUGUUCCCCAGCAUUCCCGACUUAUUGAGCUAGACCUCGUCCGUGUGGAUGGAGGCUUUGAUAUCAUCAGCGAGGAGGAGGAGAUGGACAGCCUGUUCGUGAAUGAAAUGGGGCCCAUGCACAGUCCUAGCACACGUAGAAACAAAAUGUACCCCUUCUCCCUGUCUCCCAUUUAUGAAGAGGAGUGUGUGCGUGAGGAGGUGUCUGGGAACGGGAUGCUCCAGGUUCCUCCGGCAAUGGAAGAGGAGCAGAGAAGCGUUGAGCAGCCGGCAUUGUCCGUUCUUUCCCUUCUGCAGUCUGUCAGUUUGAAGUUGCAGUCCAGCAUUCAAAGCGCUUCAGAUGAGCGUCACACAGUGUGUUUGGGAUCGGUCCCAAGACCCCUUUGGGACCACUACAGAGUAGACGGUGAGGAAGAGGAUGAAGAUAUCUCCAGUGGGUUACAGCAGCACCAGCAGCAAACUGAGACCAAAACCGUCAAUGAGGCGAACAGCGGGGAUGAGUUCUGCUCACACAUUGAUCGGACUGACGGUGAGGCUGAAGAUAGACUACAGGAAUGUGAUGGCAAUGUUGGAAAGAGUACCACAACGCCAUACUAUCAGUAUUUGACAUCCAGUGUAAUACCGUCAGCUGAGAGGGUACAUAAAGAGGCCAAACACUGCAGUGCUGGAUGUCAAAGUGAAAGUAACACCACCGUGAGGGGAGAGCUUGGUGGGUUUGGAAAGUUCAGUCCUAGACCCUCUAUUAUAUUCAUCUAUGAGGGUGAGUCGCUUAGCGGUGAGAGAAGAGCCAUCUUUGAUGAUGUGGAGGAUGCAGAGAAGGUUAGGGUUUCUCAUGGAGCUACGGUCCAUGCAGUAAAAGGAUGUUGGCUGCUCUACGUGGAUUCGUGGUUCUGUGGACCGUGUGUUCUCUUGGAAGAGGGUCAGACUGUGAGGAUCAGUGAAGAAACUCAACAGAACCCGAAGGAGCUCAAAGUACCUAACAGAACUGAGAUCACAUCCGUGGGCUCUAUCAGAACACUGUUGAAGGAUGACCGUGUUGCAGAGAUGCAUCUACAUGUCAACAUGCCUCAGAUGAGCGAUACGCUCCGUCUGUUUACUGCGACAGAUCUGAUGGAGCAGCAUGGCACUGUGUUUCUGUCCGACCUCUGCGUCAAAAAUGGAUGCUGGUUGGUUUACGACAAGCCUGGAUUCAGCGGUAAUUCUGCUGUUUUGGAAGCUGAAGGAAGGGUGACACCCAUUUUCCAUAAUUCCCCUGUUACGCGUGUGAAGAGUCUUCGACCGUUAAUAAGGGGUGGAUUGAAGGUGAUGAGGCCUCUCGACCCAAAGGUGAUAUUGUACGAGAAGCAGCAGUUUCAGGGACAGCACAAGGAACUGUUGGAUCACACAAGCAGUCUGAUGACCACAGAUGGACCGCUCAGCAUCUCUUCAAUACGUGUUCUGGGUGGAACAUGGGUGUGUUUCUCCGAAGAGGGUUUCAGAGGUCAUCAGUGUGUUCUGGAAGAAGGUCAAUACAGCAACUGUACACAACUUUUCAGCCAUACUGAGUACACCAUUAAAUCACUGCGGUACAUUCAGAGUGAUUUCUGGGAGCCUUCGGUUUGUCUCAAGAGGUCAGAUGGAGAAAUCAAUGUGAUGCAUGCAGACGUUCCUGAUCUGCGAGUGAACGGUCCGUCUGGUGAAGCACACAGCAUACACGUGAUGAGAGGAGCAUGGGUGGCGUACAGCGAGCAGGGUUUCACGGGAGAUCAGUAUGUUCUUGAGAAAGGACAGUAUCCUGGGGCUCUAAAGUGGGGCAGCGGGGUAAAAAAAAUGCCGCAGUCCCUGAGGCCGAUUCGCAGGGAGGUGUGUGGGAUUGUGAAACCGAUGUUUUUGCUACGUGCCUACACCCAGACGCAUUAUGCCGGUGAGUCCAGAGAGUUUGUGGGUGAAGCUCUAGACUGCGGCGUUCCGGGCCUCGUGUCAUUCCGGGUGAACAGAGGAAGUUGGCUGCUCUUCGAUGAGGAGGGUUGCUCUGGUAACCAGUAUAUCUUGGGGGAGGGGCUUUACCCUGACCUCACUUCCUGUGGAUGUGUAUCAACAGCCAUCAGGUCCCUAAAGCCCAUUCCAUACGUGAGUGAUAGUUUCACAGAUCUGUCCAUUAGUUUGUUCUCUCUCAGCGGCUUUAAGGGACUGGAGGAAACUUUAUUCUCUGACAUAGAUAACAUGUUUUUCAGCCAGUCUCUAAGAGUCAACAGUGGCCUGUGGGUGGCUUAUGAAUACAGUCAGUUUAACGGCCGUCAGAUGCUUCUGGAACCUGGAGAAUAUUCAGACUGGAAAGAACACAGUGGCUGGGACACAAUUGGAUCAUUGAAGUCUCUCAGACAGCCAAAAGUGCACAUUCAGGUACGGAAUCGAGCACUGGGCUCUGUCGUGACCACAGAGAACGUAUCGGAGGGUUCCUUUCCAGCAAAAGCCUUUCUGAGUCCUGCUGACGGCUCACUGAACACACAACGUUGGAUCUUCACUGAUGGUCUUCUGAAAAACACGAUGCGAGGGGGCUGUCUCUCUGUGAUUGGGUCAAAGGCCUGCGUGGGGGCCAUAGUGGCAUUAUGGGAAGAACAUGGACGCAUGAAUCAAAGGUGGAGUCUUAAUGAAGAUGGAAGAAUCUCGUCUCAUUUAAAUCGUAGCCUGGUGCUGGACCUCAAAGGUGGAAAUGACAGAGAUCAGCUUAUUUUGAGUCAGCUUUGUGUCAACAAGAGCACCCAAAUGUGGGACUUGGACGUGCUGUGAUGCUGAAGCUAUCACACGUCAUAUGAAAGAGUCAAGCUUGGCUUCAAACAGUAAUCCACUUUUUUGGCUACUCACCUCAAGCAGCAAUAAUUGAUGUGUAGCUGGUCUUGGAAAAGGCACAGGCCUGUUUUAAAAGUCACCGUUUAUAAGAGGGAACUGCAGCAAAAAUCUCUCACUUUUUUAUGUGAAGCACAUUUGCACUAGAUGAACCCCACAAGCUGGAGCUGCAUUCUGAAUAAAAGAUGCGACACCGGGCAGGAUUUUCAGUGCAGUUGCAAAUAUUUCAUCCGACAAACAAAACUAGUCACUUCACUGGAGUUGUUCAGGUAUGAGAUGACCAAGACCAAUGUUUAACCUUAACCAUCUGUUUAUGUGUACCCAGAUGUCAUGGUGAUUGUUUCUAAGCAGCAUUUUUAAUUCUAAAUGAAUUGUAAAAAUGUCAAAUAUGUCACACAAUAUAUCACAGAGAAAAUUAAAUAUGAUUUUAUUCAACUACAA